UCCUUCCUCAACCGUAGGAUUGACUCCAGUCAAAUCCAACGACCAAGAUUGACUCGGCGUCUUCAACUUGCCAAAAUUCUCUGGCCUUCGUCUUUUUUUCAUCUGCUCUUGCUAGGAAUAGAAUAUAUUGCCAUAAAUUUGCUCAAAUCGCUGUUGUGUGUCCAAAUUCAAGCUUAUUCUCGACGCAGCUACUCAGAGAGUGAUCAAUCUUUCAAGCUAUUGUGCUAGGCGAAUAUGGAAAACAGUGCUGGAGGAGGAAGUUCUUCGAAUAUGGGGUUCCCUAGGAUUCGGCUCAAUGAAAGAAUUCUUUCUUCCUUGUCUCGAAGAUCUGUCGCUGCUCACCCUUGGCACGAUUUGGAGAUUGGACCCGGUGCACCGACGAUUUUCAACUGUGUUGUAGAAAUAGGCAAAGGCAGCAAGGUUAAAUAUGAGCUUGACAAGGCCAGCGGCCUUAUAAAAGUCGACCGUGUACUUUACUCAUCAGUUGUUUAUCCACACAACUAUGGUUUCAUCCCACGUACAAUUUGUGAAGAUAGUGAUCCUAUGGAUGUUUUGGUACUGAUGCAGGAGCCUGUGCUACCAGGAUCUUUCCUCCGAGCUCGUGCUAUUGGAUUGAUGCCUAUGAUUGACCAAGGAGAAAGGGAUGACAAAAUCAUAGCAGUAUGUGCCGAUGACCCUGAAUUCCGCCAUUAUACAGACAUCAAGGAGAUUCCCCCACACCGUCUGGCUGAAAUUCGCCGAUUCUUCGAGGACUACAAGAAGAACGAAAACAAGAAAGUCGAUGUGGAAGACUUCCUGCCAGCAGAAGCUGCCGUUGAUGCCAUUAAGUACUCCAUGGACUUGUAUGCUGCCUACAUAGUUGAAAGCUUGAGGCAGUAAGUUUUUCUUUUUAAAUGCAAUAAGAGAUUGGCUGUUAAAGAAACAAUUAGCAGCAAAUUUACUGAGGCACACUUACUGCCUCAUCUUUUAACCCAUCAAAUGUAACUGCUCAAUUUUUUAGUAUGAACAAUGUAUAAGUGGAAGACUUAUGUAUGCUUCCUUUCCACGUGCAAUACAUUUUAUUCAAAUUGGAGCCUA